AUUUACAUUUUCCAGAUUUCCACAAUAUUGUGCAAGGUGGAUCACCCGUUCGUUCUGUAUUACGAAAUGUUUUUUCAAUUGACACUGGUGGUUGUCCGCUCAGACGCUCCAUAGUUGUGUCCUUCAAGUGACAGCGGCAUCAUGGCAAAUGCUGGUAGCAGGGUAUCUAUUGAAGGAGAAACUAUGCGAUAUGCUGAAUACAAUUCUCAAUCUAAAAUCAGGAGUGAAACAGAAAUCGACAAAAGACUUGGUGGUACUCUGAUAGCGGUUGGCCUUGGUGUUGCUGCUGCAGGCUUUGCAGGUCGUUAUGCCUUCCAGUUGUGGAAGCCUCUAGGACAAGUCCUGUCACAGACUGCUAAGAAGAUGCCCACCUCCACCUUCUCAUCACACUACUAUAAAGGAGGGUUUGACCAGAAGAUGACUAAGCGAGAAGCCAGCCUCAUUCUUGGUAUCAGCCCGACCAGCACCAAGUCCAAGGUGAGAGAUGCCCACCGGAGGAUCAUGGUCCUCAACCACCCAGAUAAAGGUGGAUCUCCUUACAUGGCCGCCAAGAUCAACGAGGCCAAGGACCUGCUGGAUAAAGACCAACGCCGCUGAUAAAAACUACAAACUACCCCUCUGACCUCCUGGACUACAGUAUACUACAGAUCUAUUUAUUCCAGCCCUAAAACAUUACCAUCCCCAGAGACUAUUCUGAAACAUUUUUCCUGAACAAGGAUAUCUUUCAAGUUGAAGGUCGCCUGUAGUUAACUUUACAGAAGUCAACAUGUCAACUGUAGUCUGUUGUAAAUACACUGUACCAUAAGAUACAAGAUAAUAAUAUUCCAUAGAAUAAGAAAUUCAAACCUUUCUGUUACCUUUUUAUUCCUCUGUGUGGUAAAAACAUUAUGACCACUGUGAGAUUAACAACACACUGACAGAGACCAAGCCUAGCUGAGCAGUGUGUGUGAAUAACACGGUUAGUCAUUUAUCAAAGUUUGCUGAAUAAAGCAUUUUCUGUAAUGGUAA